AUGGAGAAUACAAACAAAUUCGCUGCCAAAUUCAAGCUAUUGCAUCAGCCCUCGAAGCCGCUGGUGAUACCCAACAUUUGGGACCUCUCGAGCUUGAACGCCGUCGCAUCCCUUAACGCCGGAGAUGACAAUGACAAACCAGUCAAGGCCAUCGCGACCGCGUCGUGGGCCAUUGCUGACUCGAUGGGACUGCGUGACGAGGACCUGACCUUUAAGGACAACAUGGCCGCGAUUGCCCGUCUGGCUCCUUUCGUCCGGGCUGCUGGCCUGCCCUUCUCGGUUGACUUGCAAGAUGGCUACGGAGAUCGGAUUGAAGAAGCGGUCGCAUCUGCGGUAAAGCUAGGCGCAGUGGGCGCCAACAUUGAGGAUAGCAUCCCUUCGGCUGGGUUCGACCAAGGCCUGGAGGGCUCUUUGUACCGGCUUGACGUCCAGGUAGCUCGACUCAAGUCGGCUCUUGAGGCAGCGACAAGGAGUGGCUGCCCGGACUUUGUUCUCAAUGCUCGGUGCGAUGUCUUUUGCCUGAGGCCGGCCUGGGGACCAUCCGACCCGACCGCACUUCACGAAGCUGUGACGCGUGGCCGGGCAUAUCUAGAAGCGGGUGCCACAACGGUCUUCUUCUGGGGUGGCCGCGGCCGUGGACUCACAAGAUCAGAGGUCGAACAUCUGGUCCAGGAACUGGACGGACGUGUUGCAGUCAAGCUCGACGAGCAGGCUGGUGCGCUGGGCUCGGCCGAGCUUGGAGAACUGGGGGUCGCUCGCAUCAGUGUCGGACCUGGUCUCUAUCGUAAGGCGAUGCAAGCUAUUCGGGAGUGGACCCAGAAUAUUCUCUCUGGAGGGAGCAUGGCAACUUAA